AUGGACAUGAACACGAUCAAGCGCGUUAUCCACACCGAGCCCUGCUCGCGCCACCACCGAGCCUCCUGUUACGCUCAAGACGUCUCUAACGGUCCUCCCGGGCAACUCGCAUCCCUCUGCUAUUCCUGCAGGUAUUCUAGCCAGUCUGGCAACAUCUCUGCCGCCAUGGUCUCCAUAGCCGUCCAACCGCCGACAGAGACCCAGACCUGCCGGCCCAUAUAUCCACCUGUCGUCGCCCAAACGCAUGUCCGCGCCGGCGGCCGCCACAACAACACGCACCUCUUCGCGACAGCAGCACUGCUCGACGACCAAGGGCGAGUACUCGACGGCCAGUUAGGCGGCGCCCUGGUUGCGACAGGCUAUGCCGUCGAAGACCGUGGCUCCGGUAGCAGGCAACAGUCUGUUGCCUUUGCUUUUCCGGACCUAGCGCUCACAUAUGCCGGCGUGUACUCCAUCCGUGUAGAUGUAUAUCGCGUCAACUACGAUGAUGGAGACACGGACAACGCGACCAUGAUCGAACAAGCCGAGACGGAGCUGUUCUAUGGGUUUUCAGAGGCCGUUGCGGUGCAGAGGCCAAGUAAGCUCACCCCGUCCUCCAAUUGCAUGCACAGUCUGGUAGUCGCUUGUCAACCAUGCUCAUUCUUCUUACUUAGCAUCAGAAGAGAGGUCGUUGCUGCGCAAAUUGAGGCAAAGUGGAUGCGAUAUCCCAAGUACGCCGACGUGAGAACUACUCAUGCUCGAUGGGGUAACGGCCGAAGACAAACUGGGAGAGAGACUUCGCGUAAGCAGCUGAGUAUUGUAAUGGAACGUUGA